AUGGACGUCUCCAUAGCAGACGAUUCCUGUAGCCCGACGAGGUUCGUGGGUCUGCUAGACCCGGAAAAAAUCGACCUCCCGCGCCCCAAGCAGAGCAUGUGGCAUCGCCUAGGCCUACGCAAAUGGCUGGGCCGCGAUGAUCGAGAUCCUCCCCAGCCCCCGCCCCUCGGGGCCGCCGUCCCCACCCACCCUCCGAAACCCCACGGCAACCUCGGCCGCCGACUGUCUCGGAAAGUGGGAGUCGGUCUGCCACGAGCCACCACCUUCAAGCGACAGGACUCUGAGCGGCGAGAGAAUCUGGCCCCCUUAGAACCCCCGCCCCGGCGCGCCGUCUCCGCGGACCGUCGCACCCAUCGGACACUCAGCGCCCAGCGGACGCGGUCCCCACAAGCCUCGGUGGAUCCCAGAUUGUCCGCUCCCGAAGUGCAGUGGUGCAGCGAGCUGCACGAAACCACGGUUGAGGAAACGACGGAGACGAAUGAGGACAGCGAUCUCCGUUCCGAAUGGAACCCCUGCCCCGACGUGACGGAUCUACCCGAGGACCCCCCGGACGACAUCAUCGAGAUGGAGCUGGAGAAACGCUGGAUCCUGAACCUGAGUAUGCACUUUCGGGAUCGCUCCGAACGCGAGAAAUUCUUUGUCACUUACGCCGAAACCCCGACCCGCUGGCGCCGCGUCACCAUCUCCUGCGACUAUCGCAACGCCACGCCCGACUCCCUCGAGCAGGACCUGAAGGAGCUGCGCUACCAGCGCGACAAGUGCGGCCGGAUCUACGAGUCGAUCCGCGAGUCCCUCGCCGAGAUCCAGUUUUACGACACCGUGACCAACCUGAAGUUGGAGACGCGCGAUGGCCGCCUCCAUGUCCACGUCACCGAGGACGUCAACGAGAUUAUCCCGUACCCCCCCGUGUCUUGCAUCGGACACCUCCCGACCGCUCGAAUGGUCCGCGAGCGCGAACUGCAUUUUGACGCCCAUCUUUCGGGUUUUGUGUACAAUGUGCAGAUGGACGGCAAAUCCUACAUCAAGAAGGAGAUCCCCGGGCCCGACACGGUGGACGAAUUCCUUUACGAGAUCAACGCGCUCCACGCCCUGCAGGGGGUUCCGAGUGUGGUGCAGGUGGAGGCGAUCGUGGUCGACGAUCGGCAAGAAGUGGUGAAGGGUCUGCUAAUCGGGUACGCCGAGAAGGGGGCAUUGGUCGACAUUCUGUACGAGGACCGGGGAACGAUCGCGUGGGAACGCCGCGAGCGAUGGGCCCGGCAGAUUGUCCAGGGACUCUGCGAGAUCCACGAGGCGGGGUAUGUGCAGGGAGACUUCACCCUUUCGAACAUCGUGGUGGACGCCAACGACGACGCCAAAAUCAUCGAUAUCAACCGACGGGGCUGUCCCGUGGGCUGGGAACCCCCCGAAAUCGCCGUGAAAAUCGAGAGCAACCAGCGCAUUUCGAUGUACAUCGGGGUCAAGACCGAUCUGUUCCAGCUCGGGAUGACACUGUGGGCACUUGCGAUGGAAGAGGAUGAGCCCGAACGACAACCGCGGCCCCUGAUGUUGGAUGGGGACCUACCCAUCCCCGAUUAUUACCGCCGCAUUGUGGCCAUUUGCCUCAGCCCGACGCCCCGCCAUCGGCUAUCGGCCAAGGACCUUCUAGCCUUCUUCCCCCGCGAACUGAUGGCGGGGGAUCUGCCCUUGUUUCCGAUCCCCGCCCCACACCCACGUCCCGGUGUUGGUCUGCAUAGCGGCGUUCUACCAUUGUACAACCCUCGUACCCUCGGGAGUCCGGUAGGAUUCUUGGGCCCACGGCCCGGACCAGUAGACGGUUCCGCAUCAGUGCCUCUGGAUCGCGAUGAUUCGCUCCGUCCAGCAUCUUUUGCCCGUGGGCGGGGCCGAGUGGUCUCACUCCCGGAUGAGGAGUCACCGUCGCGCCCACCAGGGGGCAUUGAGAGGGUCCGGUAUGACCGCAACGAUAGCAGUUCCUACGAGCUGGACCCCUUUGCCUCAGGGUGGCAACAAUACUGGGGAGACAGUAGUCAACCGGUGCCCGUGGCCGGCACAGAUAUAAUCAACGUCGACCGGGACAGCCAAGGACCUUCGGACGUGGUCCGGCGAGACAAUUUGGAGGUUGAUAGCAUCGACCUCGACACUGAUAUGGUUUCCCAUCGCAAGCCCUCCGCGGCUAGAUCUGAUUCUUUGGGCUAUCCGGCCAAUUCCUCCGGAGACCUGGUGGGAGUGGGUAGCCAUCCUUGUCUGCGACGAGAUUCUGCCUUUGAAUUCCUGCCGGAUUCUGCCCAGUCCGACGGAUCUGCGGCCUCCACGGCGGCGACGCAGUCCAGCGCUCCCUAUCCCGCCCCGGUGACAGACUUGGGGCAUACAUUAGACGACUGGUCGGGCCCUUCGCGUUCCGUGACGUCGUUAUUACAUUCCAUCCUCCCCAUCAACCCUGCUCUCCCUCUGUCAGAGCACAAGUUCGUCGAAACCGGCGCAGACAAGUUCUCACCCUUAACCAUCCGCUCCGCCCUGGGCUACUCUCGACAAAUCCUCCAAGACACGCCCUUCCUAAACGACUCGCACCUCCCCAUCAACCCAGCCUUAUCCCUCAAGGAAUCGAGGAUCCUCGAGCCCGGCCCAGAAAGAUUCCCACCAUCAACCAUCCGCUCAGCACUAGGCUACCCGCGACAAAUGUUACAAGACACGCCAUUCCUAAACGACUCCCACCUCCCCAUCAACCCAUCCUUCGCCGACAAGGUGCUGACACCCUUAUGA